UUUACUGCUGGGUAACAGGGGCAUCAGGGUGAAAGAAACUGCCCAUUUGUUUCUGCCGGCAGCCAGGAUCGAACCCAGACCCUGCGAUCAAGAGUACCAAGCGCUGGCUAUUCAGUCACGGCUCCCCCACUCCCUGAAGGGGGGGUGUGUGUUAGAUGCUCGCCUCCAACACCAUCACCGUCGAGGUCAUGGUCGACGCUCUCACCAUCCAAGUCACCGUCGACGGCAAACAGGUGCUGCGGCAGUACAACGUGACGACCCAGGUGUCGCCGGGGACAUAUUCUACAGCCCACCGCGGAGUUCACGUAAUCACUCUCCACCCAAACCGUGGCACGACCACCUUCACCGCCUACUACCGCACCUGGCAGCCUCGAGCCACCAAGGGCCUCGUCCACACCCUCCUCAGCCUCCAGCCUGGCACUCUGCUCGUCCUGGCCGCCCCCGGCGACUGGCGAUACUUCUUCGAUGACGACACCAACGACUUCCUGGAGAAGUUCUUGCGAGGCUGGUGGGUGGGCGAAGUGUGUAGUGGAGAGAUGUGGGCGGCGGUGGCCACGGUGGGCGGGAGGCUCUGGGCGGAGGCGGCCACCACCCUCAGGAGGUAUACCAGCAGCGCCUCCUCGCCUCUCUGGCUGACGGCCUCCGUGCCCAGAGCACCGCCAGGUGGAGGGUGCCCCUGGUCCCGCCUGCCGCACCUGCAGGAGCGAGCUGCCUUCUGCGACACGUACGAGGGGUACGGAGCCUGGUGCAGCUGUCUCCACCCGACCUCCCUCUCUCCUGAUCUAGCGCCCAAGCUGCAGAUGAAGGAACUCAUCCCGGUCGUCAUCGUUACCUCCCGACACCAGCAUAAGGUCCUCAGACAGGUGGAGCAGCUGUGGAGGCAGGCGGGGGGCGGCGCCACCCCCAUCCUGCUGGCGGUGGACGGGUUCCAACAAGAGGCGCGGGACCUGGCUAGGCUACUAGGACUGCCAGCGGUGUAUCACCAGAACCCAGCUCCUCCUGGGGACAAGGUCCGCAUAAAUGAACAUAUCAAAUUCGCCAUCUUUCAAGCUUUCGAUUUUUUCCCCUCUGCUGAUAAAAUUAUCGUUCUAGAGGAUGAUCUGAUCCUGGCUCCUGACUUUAUCAGUUACUUCCACCAGACUGCACCACUGCUGGAUACAGACAGUACCAUUUUCUGCGUGAAUGCCUUCAACUACAACAGCUUCGCGCCGACGGCCAUAGACACAAGCCGCCUCUACCGUGAGGAGAUCCUGCCAGCUUAUGGCUGGAUGGUCAACCGGCGCUGGGCUCUCCAGGUCCUCCCACUCUGGCCUAAGACCAGUCACGGUGUGGACUGGGACUGGUACCUGCGGGGGAUGGUGCAACAUGGCCGCGACGUGGUGACGCCGGAGGUGCCCCGGACGAGGCAUGACGGCAGUGGUGGUGUGCACGUCACCGGGUGGGAGCAGGCCGCCUACUUCGACCGUCGAGCUUUCAACACAGACGCCCACGCCACUCUCAAUAUAUCUUACCUGACUGCUGUCGCGUACGAAUCCUUCCUUGAGAAGGAACUAGAGACAGCCACGGUGUUGAAGAUCCGUGAACACCCCUGCGUGAGGGAGUACAUCCCCACCACCAAGGUUGGGAGCUUCCUGGUGUACUACUACGGCGAGGCUGAGAAGGAUCAACACCUCUCAUACUUCACACUCAUUGGGUGCCUCGGGGGGUAUGAGAAAGGACGCAUGGAGCACCACCACCUGAUGCACACCUUUGGUUAUUAUGGUAAUGCUGUGUAUGCUGUUGCUUGUCCCGGCUCACCCUACUGCAAAGUGAAGAAAGAAGACUACAGUGACCUUGUUUACCGAGCAAGUGAAAGUGACACCCGCCACACGGAGCUGCACAUGGACAAGAUCUUGCAGCGACAGAUCUUCCCAGUGAUGCGGGGCAGGUACAUUCCUCUAUCUCCACAGGAGGAGUUUCUCAUGCAGAAUCAUAUAACAAUAGAUAGUCCAAUAAUAUUUAGAGAAAUACACUAGUAAUAAAACUUACUAUCAAUGAAUACUAUA